AUGGAUGCAGACGCAAAGCCUCAAUGUGGGGGAAAAAAGGAAGCGGCAGAAUAUGACUUGGGCCUGCACGUAGCAGGGCUUUUCCUGGUUCUGGCAGCAUCAUGCAUAGGCUGUGGCUUCCCCGUGGUGGCCAAGAAAGUCAAGUGGAUGAAGAUUCCCCCAAAAGUCUUCUUUGCUUGCAAGCAUUUCGGAACCGGGGUUCUCAUAGCCACUGCCUUUGUUCAUCUUCUCCCCACCGCCUUUGAGAGCCUCGGAAACCCAUGCCUUCCCAACCUUUUUACAAAGGAUUAUCCACCACUCCCCGGAGUCAUCAUGAUGGGUUCGUUGUUCACUCUUUUUGUGGUUGAGAUGUGGCUCAAUGCGAAGACGGGAGGACACUCGCACGGCGGGCCCACGGGCGAGAGUCUCGACCUCAACAAGCUGGCUGCCCUGCACUCGCCUCGCCAUAAACAACCACCGCCGGCCUUUGAUGAGGCCAGUUACGGUUUCCCAAUGGACAGGAAAGAGCCUGUUGACAUUCAGUCUGUCAAGAGCGUCUACGAGCGGCACGUUGCUUCUAACGUUUACGACGACGACAAUGCGCGAGAUAGCCUAUCAACCAUGCCCGCGUGGUUCGUCGUCUUCUACGAACAAUAUAUUCGCCAACACAACCAAAUGAUAGAUUUGGUAAACUCGCAGCAGCAAUCGAACUCGCGAUCGCCCAAGGUGAAGGAUGGGAGUGAGGUUUCUACAUCCGAGGUGGUCUACUUGGACGAGGAGAACCAAGCCGUCGACCCACAGGUGUUCAAGAAGAUGUCGACAAACAUCACAUUGUUGGAGGGAGGCAUUCUAUUCCACUCCGUCUUCGUGGGAAUGACGAUUUCCAUCACUAUUGACGGCUUCGUCAUCUUGUUGGUCGCCAUUCUGUUCCAUCAAAUGUUUGAGGGCCUUGGCAGGAUCCCGAAUCGCCGCCGUGCCAUAUCCCAAGGGAAGCUAUCGGCCAGCGCAUUCGGGCUUAUCAUCGUCGGUGUUUUCAACGCCAUAUCAUCGGGUCUGCUUAUCUACGCCGCUCUGGUCGACCUCUUGGCCGAGGAUUUCCUAUCCGAGGAGGCAAAUCACUUGAUGAACGGCAAGAAGAAGGCCAUUGCGUUUGCCUGGGUUCUUGCCGGAGCCCUCGGCAUGUCCAUUGUCGGAGCAUUCGCUUAA